AUGUUUAAAGGUUUCCUUGAAAGAGAUUUAUACGUAAAUGCAGAAAAAUAUUCAAAAGCUUUACAUUGUUCGCAUUUUAAAACUGUUACAAGACAUCAUAUUUCAGUCCUCAAGACUUUUGAAAUUAACAAAAAGGAAACUAAAGUAAAUACCAAGAAAUCUAAUCUGUUACAAAAUAAGAAUUUUUCAAUUUUGAUUCACUGA